GAGACGGCCGCACAGAGAUACAGCGCCACACGCAUCCAAGCCGGAUAUGAACCUGAGAGCAUGGCUGACUAUCUGAUCAGUGGAGGGACAGGGUACGUGCCUGAAGAUGGACUCACGGCUCAGCAGCUCUUCUCUAUCGGGGACGGACUCACAUACAAUGAUUUCCUGAUUCUUCCUGGUUUCAUAGACUUUAACUCUGAUGAAGUGGACCUGACUUCAGCUCUGACCAGGAAGAUCACCCUGAAGACUCCUCUAAUCUCGUCUCCCAUGGAUACAGUCACUGAGUCCUCCAUGGCCAUCGCUAUGGCUCUCAUGGGCGGGAUCGGGAUCAUGCACCAUAACUGUACUCCAGAGUUCCAAGCCAACGAGGUCCGCUUGGUCAAGAAAUUUGAGCAGGGUUUCAUCACAGACCCGGUGGUAAUGAGUCCUCACCACACGGUGGGAGACGUGUUCGAAGCCAAGGUCCGCCACGGCUUCUCUGGCAUCCCCGUCACAGAGACGGGAAAGAUGGGAAGCAAGCUGGUGGGUAUCGUCACUUCCCGAGACAUCGACUUCCUUUCCGAGAAAGACCAUGACAGACCCCUGGAAGAGGCCAUGACAAAGAGGGAAGAUUUAGUGGUUGCACCAGCUGGUGUAACACUGAAAGAAGCCAACGAUAUCCUGCAGCGCAGCAAGAAAGGUAAGCUGCCCAUAGUGAAUGACAGUGAUGAGCUGGUGGCCAUCAUAGCGAGGACAGACCUGAAGAAGAACAGAGACAACCCUCUGGCCUCUAAAGACUCCAGGAAGCAGCUGUUGUGUGGUGCUGCCAUUGGAACCAGAGAGGAGGACAAGUACAGACUGGACCUGCUGAUGCAGGCUGGUGUCGACAUGGUGGUGCUGGACUCCUCCCAGGGGAACUCUGUCUAUCAGAUCAACAUGAUCAACUACAUCAAACAGAAAUACCCUGAACUGCAGGUGGUGGGAGGAAACGUGGUGACUGCAGCACAGGCUAAGAAUCUGAUAGAUGCAGGUGUGGAUGCUCUGAGGGUGGGGAUGGGCUGUGGCUCCAUCUGUAUCACCCAGGAAGUGAUGGCAUGUGGGCGUCCCCAGGGUACAUCAGUGUACAAGGUGGCAGAGUAUGCCAGGCGUUUCGGUGUGCCUGUCAUCGCAGACGGAGGCAUCCAGACCGUUGGACAUGUGGUCAAAGCUCUCGCUCUCGGGGCAUCCACAGUGAUGAUGGGGUCAUUGCUCGCGGCUACCACGGAGGCCCCGGGGGAGUAUUUCUUCUCAGACGGCGUGCGACUAAAGAAGUAUCGCGGGAUGGGCUCCCUUGACGCCAUGGAGAAGAACAGCAGCAGCCAGAAACGCUACUUCAGUGAGGGGGACAAGGUGAAGGUGGCUCAGGGUGUGUCAGGGUCGGUCCAGGAUAAAGGCUCUAUCCAUAAAUUUGCCCCCUACCUCAUCGCUGGCAUACAACAUGGCUGCCAAGACAUCGGAGCCAAGAGCCUCUGCAUACUGCGGUCCAUGAUGUACUCUGGGGAGUUGAAGUUUGAGAAGAGGACCAUGUCAGCUCAGGUUGAGGGGGGAGUACAUGGGCUGCACUCUUAUGAGAAGCGGCUAUACUGA